AUGGCGGAACGGCAGGAUCUCGAACCUCAGUCCACUUCGCUCACUGACCCUGCCCUGCUCGAGAAGUUCGACAAGCUCUUUGCGUGCAAUGUCGGCGACUAUGUUUCUCUCCCACAGGUCAUUGCAGUCGGAGACCAGUCUAGCGGUAAGAGCUCUGUUCUAGAGGGACUAACUGGCCUUCCGUUUCCUCGGGACAGCACGUUGUGUACUCGCUUUGCCACCCAAAUUGUUUUUCGUCGAGCCACUGGACAGGCGUCUCGCCGCAGCAGGGCGUCAAUCAAACCCGCACCACACUCGACCCCGGAAUGCGUUGCCAAAUUGAAGGCAUGGUCGAAGUCAGAGAUGAUCACCUUGGAUCCGAAAGCCUUUUCGAGUAUGAUACGUGAAGUGCACAACGUUAUGGGAGUCCGAGGCCUCGAGGAUCAGUCAAAGCCAGCAUUCUCGCAGCAUGUUUUUCGUCUCGAGAUCAGCGGUCCUGAUGAGGACCACCUUGCUGUCGUUGACGUCCCUGGGACAUUCAAAAGCGUGACUCCAGGUGUGACAACGAAGAACGACAUCGAGAUGGUUCGCACAAUGGUUCAGGAUUAUAUGAAGAACCCCCGGUCAAUAAUCCUUGCCGUAGUUCCCGCGAACGUUGACGCUGCGACCCAGGAAGUUAUCGAGCGGGCUCGCGAGGUCGAUCCUGAAGGCCAGCGAACUCUAGGCGUAUUGACGAAACCUGAUCUGGUGGAUCGCGGAGCUGAGCAGCAGGUGCUGGACCUGAUAUCCGGUAGGACCAUGCCCCUUAGGCACGGCUGGGUGCUUGUUCGCAAUCUCGGAAAGAGUGAACUCGCUAUCGGUGACAAGGCCCGUCAGGAGGCGGAGGAAGAGCUCAGGACGAGAGGUGGAUGGGGUGCCAUUCCUCGAGACCGAUAUGGUAUCCAAUCUCUCAGAGAGCGCUUGCAAGAGACAGUAACUGAGAAUGCUCGUCGAGAGUUUCCAAUGGUGCGCUUGGAUAUCAACAAGAAGCUGAGAGAGGCCAAAGCUGCAUUACAUGCCCUCGGCAAUGAGAGAGCCCAUCGCAGCCAGCAAAUCGACUUCUUGCUAGAUAUCGUUUCCAAGUUCCAGGAGAUUAUGGGCAAUGCACUGCGUGCUAACUAUGGGGCAGACGGUAUCUUUGACAAACACAAGCGCCUUCGACUUGCGACCAUAGUUGUAGACCGCAAUGAACAGUUCAAGUCUGACAUGAUGCAACUUGGGCAUGUCUAUCGCUUUCGCAAUGAGGCCGAGACUACCUCCCAGCCACUGUCCACCAGUCCGAACGACAGCAGGGGUACCGAAAUCCAAGCCACCACACGUAAAGUCGAAACUAGACUUGAUGUCCACGAUAACCUCAUAGAGUCCGAACCGUUGAGUGCACCCGUGGCAGACGACAUUUACAAAUGGCUAGAAACUGAGUAUCGGAGCUCACGAGGGUUCGAGGUUGGGACUUUCAACACCUCCCUCUUACCCACUGUCAUGAGAAGGCAGUCUAAGAAGUGGAAGGGUAUCUCAUUAGGCUAUAUUAGCGACGUCAUUGCAGUUGUGAAUACGUUCAUUGUCAGCGUCCUUACCGAUCUAUGCGGUGAUCCACGUAUAUCUCGAGGUCUGCUGUCUAUAAUGACAGAUGGUCUCCAUAGGGCAUACUCGAAGGCUGUAAAGCAUACUAUCUUUUUGCUAGAGAACGAGCGAAGUGAUAAUCUUAUGUCACUUCAUCAGUCAUUCACAGAUACCCUGCAGUCUCGGCCGGAAACAAAGAUGCAAAAGCUCAUCACCGACAAAACAUUCCACGCUGGCUCUAUGGGGAAGGUAGCUAAGGUAGAUGAUAUCAAGGCCAUAUUGCCAUUGUUGAGCAGCCAGGAGUACAUGGUUCGACAGGUCCAUGAUAUCUUGCAGUCAUAUUACCAUGUCGCACAGUCCCGUUUCAUCGACAACGUCUGCAUGCAAUCUACAAACCACUAUCUGCUUAAUGGCCUGAAUAGUCCCAUGAAGCUUCUUUCGCCGACGUUCGUGUACCGGCUGUCGGAUCAGGAACUGGAGGAUAUUGCCGGUGAGGAUCCUGCCAUUCACAGACAGCGGUUACGACUCUGCAAAGAAAUCGAAGAUCUUGAAACGGCCAGAAGGAUUCUACUAUGA